AUGGCAAGUCAUGUCAACGUCGAGCUGCCGGACCAGGGCAUCGUCAGGCCGCGCCGCCUCGACCUCGGUCCCCUCUUGCCCGGUCGCCGAGGCGGCAGCGUGCUAGCCUACCACGGCAUCCCCUUUGCCCAGCCUCCCACCGGAACGCGACGAUGGCGCGUACCGCAGGGCCCACUGCCACAAUGGACAGGCGUACGUAAGAGCCAGUUCCCCGCCGACCCCGUGCAGAGCUUCCCCGCAAUGGAAGGCAUGAUGCUUGGCCGUCGCGGAGCCAAGCACGCCAUCAAGCGCGACGAGGACUGCUUCUACCUCAACGUGUGGGUCCCCGACGACGGGAAGGGUUCCGAACGACCGGUCAUGGUCUGGGUCUACGGCGGGGCCUUCGUCGUCGGCAACACUUCGAGGCCCAUGUACGACCCAGCAAGGCUCGCACUCGAAUCGGGCUGCGUCGUCGUCUCCUUGCCCUACCGCGUCGGACCGCUCGGCUUCCUCGGCUGCAAGGCCAUGGCAGACGACUCCUUGGGUAACCACCCGCUCGUAUCCCGAUCGGCGCUAUCCUCUUCCAACCCCUGGACCGACAUCGACGCAGCGGCCAAGGCGACUGUCGAGAGGACCGCCGGCAACUGGGGACUCUGGGAUCUCGUCGCCGGCCUGCUCUGGGUCCAGCAUUCCAUCCGACACUUUGGCGGCGAUAGCGACAAUGUCACCAUCUUUGGAGAAUCUGCAGGCUCGAUCGCCAUACACUAUCUGCUCCUCUCGCCCGCCGUGCCGCGCAACCUCUUUCAGAAGGCCAUCCUUCAGAGCGGCGUGGCUGCGACGGUGCCCCCCGCCACUGCACAGGCGGCACAGGCCAACUACGACCACAUCGCCUCCAAGCUCAUCCCUGACUCGGUGUCGGGCGACAGGGAGCGGCUCGAAUACCUCCGCACGCAGGUCCCGGCGGAUGCAAUCUUGUCGGCGCUGCAGUCGCUUCCGGGAAGGAGGCCGCGCAGCGAGUACACGCCCCGGCCCGAGCCGCAGCAAAGCGUGCCCGAGAAGCGCGAGGACUUUGAUCCGCAGCGACACCGCUUCGCUACAGGCGACAUGUGGGGCCCCGUAUGGGACGGCGCCAUGGUGGCUCGGGAUCUGCUGACACGGGCCUCGUCUGUCCUCCCCAGCGGCGAGGACCUUCGCAACGGUCGCCACGGCAUCAUCAUCGGCUACACGGCCGAUGAAGGGUCGAUGUUCAACAUGCUCGUAGCGACACCCUCGUCGCUGGCAACGCACAUGUCCACGUUUUCCAGCCUGCUCCAGCAGGAGAUCGGCGCCCUCUACUCGGUCCCCGACAUCAUCGCAAGCGGCGCCGCGUCCACCGCGCUCUCGAAAAAGGAGCGACACGAGCUCAAUCGUCGCGCUUACGUCGCCUGCGCCACGUACACAGGCGACGCCCUCUUCCAUGGCCCGAUCCUGUCCUACAUCGACAAGCAGGCCCAGCAUGCGGCCGAGCCGGGCACGAAGACGUCCUCGCCGCCGAUCUACGUCUAUGCGAUGGCCUACCGACCUUCGUUCCAGUGGCUCGAGACGAUCUCCAACAUCCCAGAAAUGGCGAGCGAGAUGGGAUCCUUCCAUACCGUCGAGAUCGGCUUCGUCUUCGGCUUUACGGGCGUCGAGCCGCACACGUGGGUCGGAACGGCCGACGAGUACGGCGUCGACCCGGAUACGCCACGUUCCGACGCCGCCGCUACCGCUGAGGGUGAGGAGAAGACGAAGGGGAUGACGGAUGCGGAACGCCGUCUGUCUCUCGACGUCAUGGCCUACUGGUCCGAAUUUGCCCGGUCAUCGCCAUCGAAGCCUCUGCGGGACUGGAAGCCGCUUGUCCGACCUACGUCCUCACGCCGACUGGACGGGAUCGAAGUCAAGUACUUUGGCGAUGAGCCACAGCUCUCCGCCUCUUCCAGCCAGCCGUCUGGGGCGUCGCACGUGGAUCGUAUCGAAUCGGGUCAGAAGAGGCUCGGUGAGCUGCGACACUUUUCCGAGUCCCCACUCGGACCUCGCUCUCAGGGCCAGGCCGCCAGCCUGGCGGAGAGGGUAGAGUACUGGACCACGAAGCGCCAAGGAAGUGGGACAACGCCGCAGCUCAUCAACCAUUACGGGUGGCAGCACGUCGAACCCGAGUGGUCGGAUUGGUAG